AUGGUGGUGUUUCACGAAGAAGUGGAGAUUGAGGACUUUGAAUAUGACGAGGACUCGGAGACUUAUUUCUAUGGGGAUAAUUCCUCCAUCCCCAAGGAAGAUUUGGAGAAUGGAGAAGACGUGGCAACAUGUCCUAGCUGCUCUCUCAUUAUAAAAGUUAUUUAUGACAAAGAUCAGUUUAUGUCUGGAGAAACAGUCCCAGCACCUUCAACCAACAGUUAG